GAGGUUCUUCCUACACGCGCUGACGAGAGUCUCGCUGAUUGGUGGUUUCGCGCUGACGUCAUCUCCAUCAUGGCGGCGCCCUCGUGCUGUGCAUGUGUGUGAGCAGCGGAUGCGUAACAAAACACAGACAACUACAUCAGAAGAUGAAGGUGAAGAAGUCUCAUGGGCGCCUGAUCUCCUCCAAGAGAGGGAUCGUGGUGAGAGGUGAGUGGAAGCCGGUGAAUAUGGAUCCUGGUCUGUUCGCGGAAGAGGGUCUCGAUGGCCUGGUGUGUUUCGAGGAACUGACCGAUUAUUCCCUGGUGGAGCCCGAAAGGACCGUCGCUGUGGGGGAAACAUCACGAAAAGACAAGAAGAAGAAGAAGAGAAAAGCCAGCGAGAUAGAAGCUGAAGAGCAGCUGCAGUCUGACGCUGAUGAAAAACCUGAUCAAAAGAAGAAAAAGAGGCAGAAGAAGAACAAACGAGAUGAGGAAUCCCAGGAUGAGACUGUGGAAGAUGGUGGUGUGGAGGAUCAGAUCUCGCAGGACGAGUCUUCUGAUGUGACUCCAGAAACACAACACAAAACAUCUGAAAAGAAGAAGAAGAAGAAGCAGCAGAAGAAGAAGAAGAAGAAGACACUUGCAGGCAAGGCAGACGCUCCGGCUGAGUCUCAGAAGAAGAGCCGGAACUGGAGCAGUGCGGCUGUCGUGGAUCCGGAGGGUUCGGGAACAGACGUGUCGGCGUGGAAGGACCUGUUCGUACCUGAGCCAGUUUUAAAAGCUCUCAGUGCACUUGGGUUCUCAGCGCCGACUCCGAUCCAGGCGCUGGCGCUCCCGCCGGCCAUCAGAGACCGACUGGACGUGCUUGGAGCGGCCGAGACCGGCAGCGGGAAGACCCUGUGUUUCGGUAUUCCGAUGAUCCACAUGAUUCUGGAAUGGAGGGAAGCAUUGAGUCGCAAGCGGACGGAUGAAUGCAGGAACCCUGAUGAUGCAGAGCCGCGUGUGGAGAGUCUGUACCUGCCGACGGACGCGAGUCCUGCGCAAGAGACGAGCGAUGAGCCGCGGGUUGAUGAUGGCGAGGACGAUGAGCCGCGGGACGAUGGCGGUGAGGACUGUAACCCUCUUGAUGAAGCUGGACUGGACGCCUGUGUGAGCGCAGAAAAUGAACCGCAGAAGCAGCCGCUGCUCGGCCUGAUCCUGACCCCCACCAGAGAGCUGGCCGUUCAGGUCAAACACCACAUCGAUGCCGUGGCUCGCUUCACAGGUAUUAAGACGGCGAUCGUGGUUGGUGGGAUGGCGGCGCAGAAGCAGCAGCGGAUGUUGAUGCGGCGGCCCGAGAUCGUCAUCGCCACACCGGGACGAUUAUGGGAGAUGAUUAAAGAGAAACAAGCGCACCUGCAGAACCUGCGACAGCUGCGGUGUUUGGUGAUCGACGAGGCCGACCGCAUGGUGGAGAAGGGCCACUUCGCAGAGCUGGAGAAUCUGCUGGAGAUGCUCAACACAUCCCAGUUCAACCCCAAUCGCCAGACGUUCGUGUUCUCGGCCACGCUGACCAUGGUGCACAGCCUGCCGCUGCGCAUACAGCAGAAGAAGCGCACGAGGACGGAGCAGCGCAGCAAACUGCAGCUCCUGAUGGAGAAGGUGGGCAUUAAAGACAAACCCAAAGUCAUCGACCUGACGCGCAAGGAAGCCACGGUGGAGACGCUGACGGAGACCCGGAUCAACUGCACCAAGGAGGACAAGGACCUGUUCCUGUACUACUUCCUGCUGCAGUAUCCGGGCCGCAGCAUGGUGUUCGCCAACAGCAUCGACUGCAUCAAGAGGCUGAACGCGCUGCUGCAGAUCCUGGACUGCAGUCCUUUGCCUCUGCAUGCUAACAUGCACCAGAAACAGCGGCUGAAGAACCUGGAGCGCUUCGCAGAGAAGGACAGUUGUGUCCUGCUCACCACGGACGUCGCCGCUCGAGGGCUGGACAUUCCCAACGUUCAGCAUGUGAUUCACUAUCAGGUUCCUCGCACGUCUGAGACAUACGUCCACCGCAGCGGCCGGACAGCCCGAGCCACUAAAGAGGGUCUCAGUCUGCUCUUGAUUGGCCCUGAUGACCUGAUGAACUACAAGAAGAUCUGCAGAACCCUGGACAAGAGUGAAGAUCUGCCCGUGUUUCCAGUGCAGGAGAAGUGCAUGGCAGCCAUUAAAGAGCGAGUGACUCUGGCCAGGAAGAUCGAGAAGAUGGAGUUCUUCCACAGCCGAGAGCAGCAGCACAACUCCUGGGUCAGACAAGCGUCCGAGGCCAUGGAGAUCGACGUGGACGAUGACCUGCUGAUGGGAGGCGGUAAAGGUGAGGAUGAGGACCGAGAGCAGCAGAGGCUGAUGAAAGGCCUGAAGAAGCAGCUGAAGCACCUGAUCUCUCAGCCGGUGUUCAGAAACCAGAUGAAGACCAAGUACCCGACACAGAUGGGUAAACUACAACUGCCUCAACUGCCCAUGUCCACAGCGGACACGGCGCUGGCCAGCGUGAGCCGCAGCAGACAGACCGGCACACAGCAGCGGUGACACCAAGAGUCCUGCUGGUCCGUUUGAUUAUUAUUUAAGUGCAUAAGGAAAGAGGAAAUGGACUGUUACCAAAAGACGGGACAUUUAAAACCUCUUAAUACUUUCAGAAAGCAGGCAGUGAACAACACAGUUGACGGUCUGAGACGACACCAUGUCUAAAGACUGUUUACGGCACAUGUUUAAUACAUCUCUAUGGAUGUAACGUCAGUGUUUUAUGUCUAGUGGUUUCUAACCUCAGUGGACUGAUCCUGAUCCGUUCAUCUGUAAAUGACUGCCGUUAAAAAUGUAUUGUAAACAGACCUAACUGUGUUUAUAAAUGAUAAAUAAUGAACUAGAGAUCUUUCCUGACCUGUAGACUAGUUUUAAAGGUAAAGUAAGUUUAAAUCAUUGGAUGGACUGACUUUAUUGAUCCUUUGAGGGAAAUUGUUUAUUUAUUUCCCUUAAUAUUUCUCUAUUUUAAUUAUUUUGUUUUGUUAAAUCUAUCAGAUUUUCUCAGUUUGGGCGUUUCUCCCAUCCAGACUUCAAUUCUAAUAGACGAAGUGUUUCACCCAAAACAUUCUCAGAUCUUUUACUCUCAUGUCGUUUCAAACCCGUAUGAUUGACUUUCUUCUGAGACGGUCAAAGGCUGAAGAGGCGCAUAAACUUGUGCCUCAGUAUUUAGUCAAACUAAACCUCGAUAAUGACGCAGUGUUUCAACUGAACCGUCACACUGUCCUUUCACGAUAACCACUGAAAUGAUUACAAUGAAUUACUGAUAAACCAGUUUGUUGCAUAAUAAAAACAUGAAUGGGA